CGCGCUUCCGACCCUACUGUAGUGUAUACGGUAACUAUAGGAUCUGUGUUGACGUGUUCUUGUUGGACGAAAAUAUUCAGACUCGCAGGUUGACGUCUGACUUCCCCUCUCACUCUCGCACCUGACUGACCGGCUUAAGGCCGCCAGCUUCUCUCACUCACCGCCCAUCAAAACUAAAAGAUGGGUUGUGGAGUGAAGUGUGUGGACAAUCUCCUGACCCGGAGUUUCUACAAGCUCGGAAUCCAGAUCGGCCACACUCCCGGCUACUUCCUCAUCAUCCCCGUGCUGUUGACACUCCUAUGUGUCACCGGUUACCACCAGAUACAUUACCAGAUGGACCCGGAGUAUCUGUUCAGUCCACAACAAGGUCCAGGCAAGACGGAGAGAGCCAUAGUCGAGACAUACUUUAAAAUGAACUACACCAGUCGAUUCAAUCCAACCCGAAUCACCAGGCCAGGUCGGUUUGGAAGAGUAAUUGUGAUACCAAAGCACGGCAGCAACAUGUUGUCAGUAGAAGUGUGGAAGGAACUGCGAGUAUUAGACGGAAUCAUCAAGAACGCCACCAUAGUGUUUGGUGAAGAGCAAAGAAGCUAUACAUACGAGGACAUCUGCGCUCGAUGGGUGGACCACUGCUUCGAGAACGACAUUCUCAAUCUUGACCACAUCAUGGAGGAGGUAGUCAACAAAACGCUGAACCUAACAUUUCCAAUAAUGUUCAACCCAGUGACGUGGGACGCUCACACAUUCCCAGUCUACUUCGGAGGUACGGUGGUGGACGAUGACGGCAUCAUCAUCAGCGUACCCUCGCUGCAGCUAGCCUACUUUGUCAAUGCAGACACUAAGACACAGGAUGCAAGAGGAGCAGUGUGGGAGGAAGCGUUCCUAGCGGCCGUAGGUAAAGCUGAGGACUCCGGAAUGUUCAAGUACAUCUCAACGGCUCGCUUUGCAUCUCGAACUCUAGACAUUGAACUGGAGAAAAACACUCAGGGAGUCGUUCCGUUCUUUGGCUCAACAUUCGUCAUCAUGGCUGUGUUCAGUGUCAUCACCUGUAUGAUGGUAGACUGGGUCCGGUCAAAGCCUCUGUUGGGGUUGCUGGGUAAUGUGUCGGCUGCUAUGGGCACAGUCGCAGGCUUUGGUCUGGCUAUGUACUGCGGCAUUGACUUCAUCGGCAUCAACCUUGUAUCUCCACUACUCAUGUGCAGUAUAGGUAUAGAUGACACAUUUGUGAUGCUGGCUGCUUGGCGUCGCACACCAGUCACCAUGUCAGUUCCUGAGAGGAUGGGUCACACUAUGUCAGACGCUGCAGUUUCCAUUACCAUCACAAGUGUCACUGACAUGGUCAGCCUCUGGAUUGGAAUGCUUAGUCCUUUCCCCUCCAUACAAAUCUUCUGUCUCUACUCAAGUUUUGCUGUAGGGUUCAUCUUCCUAUGGCACAUCACCUUCUUUGCAGCCUGCAUGGUUUUGGCUGGAUACGCAGAACAUGACAACAGACACUCUAUCCUUUGUAUCAAAGUCAAACCAGUCUCUCUGUCAGGUAAGGCAUCUUGCUUGUACCGCAUAUUCUGCACUGGGGGAAUCAAUCCUAAGGACCCUGACAACCCAAUGGACAACCCCGACAAUGCCAUGAUGGUGUUCUUUAGAGAUUCUGUGGCUUGGUGUGUUAACCAAUGGCCCUUCAAGGUAAUAGUCCUGUUGGUGUUUGGAGCCUACAUCAGUGGAGCUAUAUAUGGACUGACUACUCUGCAGGAAGGGCUGCAACGGAGGAAACUGUCGCGAGCUGACUCCUACUCCAUUGAGUUCUAUGAUCGAGAGGACUUCUACUUCAGAGAGUUUCCUUACAGAAUGCAAGUGAUCCUCUCAGGUGAGUUGAACUAUUCCGAUCCUCUGAUCCAAGAUCAAAUUGAGAACUUGACUCGGACAUUUGAAGCGUCUCCGUACAUCUCGACUCCUCUUUACACAGAGUCUUGGCUGCGGUCCUUUGUUAGCUACGUGAAACGCAACCAAGACUACCUCAAUGUCUCCAUUGAUACAGAGGACAGCUUCAUAAAAACACUUAAUGAGUUGUGGUUGUUCAAACCAAACCCGUUCUCCUUGGACGUGAAGUUUAAUGACGCGGAUACAAGGAUCAUCGCUUCUCGCUUCAUGAUACAAGCGGUCAACAUCAGUGAUGGUAACAUGGAAAAAGACAUGGUCAGAGACUUGCGGAGAAUCUGUCAAGAGAGUCAUCUGAACGUUAGCGUGUUCCACCCGUACUUUGUUUUCUUUGAUCAGUUUGAGCUGGUCCGUCCCACCUCCAUACAAAGCAUGAUUGUCGGUGCCACUAUCAUGAUGAUUAUCUCCUACAUCUUCAUUCCCAAGUUUGCCUGUUCGCUGUGGGUCGCCUUCUGUAUCAUAUCCAUAGAGAUUGGAGUUGCCGGAUACAUGGCCUUGUGGGAUGUCAACCUAGACUGCAUCUCUAUGAUAAACCUCAUCAUGUGCAUCGGAUACUCCGUAGACUUCACCGCUCACAUCUGUUACGCCUACAUGUCAUCCAAAGAGGAAAGAGUCGAGGAUAGAGUGAAAGAGUGCCUUUAUUCUCUUGGUCUUCCUAUAUUCCAAGGAUCAGUCAGUACGAUUCUCGGAGUAGCCGCUCUUAUUUUUGCUCAGAGCUACAUAUUUCUGGUGUUUUUCAAGAUGAUUUUCCUCGUUAUAUUUUUUGGUGCUCUUCAUGGAAUGUUCCUUCUGCCUGUUCUCUUAUCGUGGUUUGGACCUGGGGCAUGUUCCCCUAAGAAGUCUGAUUUGUCACGAGUAGAAAAAACAUUCCCUCAUCCCUACUGCAUCCCUCAUCCCUCACUGCAUCCGAUGUCUCAGAUGAACGGGAACGGAAAGCACUUUGGUGUUCCUCUUCACGGAAUGACGGACGCACCCAGGCUCGUAAUGUCCACCUACAAUGGGAACAUCCGAGGGAAAUUCAUUGUAGAAGGAGAAAAAGACCUCGGACUUGGAACCUCGGGAGAGGACUCUAGUGAAUCUAGCUCUUCAAAGUCUCAGCGGCGCAGACAAGAAGUUGAAGACGAUGAAGUGCAGCGUAGACGUUACGUAGAAGGUUGGAGAAAGUCGUCAGUACCUAACUCUAGCUCAAACCGUUCUCCGCUGACCUACCACAAUGGAGGGUACAUGAGUGAAGAGGACUCGCAACCUUGGAGAGGUCAUCCAGCGUCAAAUCAGAACAGGCCACGAGCACAACACUACUCGCCACACCAUGGGCGGCCAUACCCUGGGGAUGGGAGGUACCCCUAGACUUCAGCAACCCAAAGACUUGUAUAAAGUUCCAUUAUUGACAUCUGUGGAAUUGUGUGAUUUUAGUUUUUAAAUGCACUAUGCUUUCAAAUAUCACAACUUUAACUUUUAAUAAAAUGACAAAAGUAAAUCCAAAAACACAAACUAGUUUUAGAAAAACAAGGUGCACAGUAAAAUAAUUUCUUUGGUUAUGUUAUAAAAUUCUUACUGUUGUAAUAAGUCCACAAUUGUAAGCUUUAUGUUCAUUGCUGAGUAUCUUUAAAAUACUCAGUAGUUUUCUAAUUAGUACUUAAAAUAUUUAUAACCUUUUAAAGUGUAAAGUAAUGUUGUAGGUCUAAGUAUUUUAAAUCAUAAAAAUCCUCAAAUGAUUCUGUGAUAAUGCCAACAGGGUUCUCUAAGAACUGACCCUAUUAAACUACACGUUAAAACUAUCUUGCAUAAUUCCAUGUAUUUAUUUUCAUUGUAUAUAAUAACAUACUUAUGAUAUAGUGAAGUAAUGUUUACAGGAAUACGUGUUUCAUAUAACAUUUGAUCCAAACCAUUAUUUUCAUAGCAUGUCAAAAUCUAGUUUACCAUCACAUCAAUGAUAUUUUAAGUUAACAACAAUUUUUGUGAGAGAGGAACUUCUUUAAUAAAUAUGUCAACUGUAAAUACCUUUAUAAUAAUUUUACUAUAUAAUAUAAUAUGUAAAUACUCUUUCGUACACAUUUAUGAUGACUAGUCAUUUUGUCUCCAUAAAGGUAAAUAAAACUCAUGGUGGUAGGAAAAAUGUAGGUGGUGUGCUAUUCCUGUCAUAUGCUGACGUCAUCCAAAAAGCAAACACUACUUCCCUUUUAAGAAAAAAAUUAUAAGAACAAUAACAAUCAAAUCAAAACAAAUAUACACUAUAAGACAGUUACAAUCAGGUGAUUUUCUGUUUGCAAUCUAGGGGAAGUCAGCAUACAACGGGAGUAUCACACCUAUGUUUAUUCCUUCCACAAAGGGUAUAACUUUUGAAUGACGCGUAAUAAUUUAUAGUCUUAAGUAAAUAUAACUGUCAGCAGAUCUAUUUGAUUGCUAUUUUGACUAUGGAUACUAAUGCAAAAUUUGUAAUGUUACUUAUCAAAAUAUUUUCACUUCAGAAUUUACAUACUAUGUUGCCUUUGGAUAAUCAGGCUUAAUUAAAUGAGCCGGAUUUAGGAGAAAGCUGGACCAUCAAGAGACCAUUAUAAAUAAAUUAGUGUAUUAGUGACCAUUGACAAAUUUGGGACAGCUAAGUUUGACAUUAAUUUUUUUUUUUUUUUUUUUUUUUUGUGAGCGGGUGGCAAAUGGACAUAUGGGUGUUCUGUGUUUUGUUUGAUUUAUCACAACUGAACAGUGCCACCUACUACACAAUAAUUUUAAUAAUAAUGUAUUAACAAUUGUAUGAUAGGUUCAGUAAUUAAUGUGAUGUUUCAAAGUAUGUAAUAGCAUAUACAGAUUACAAAUCAAAUGUAAUAUCAAAUAAGUGAGUAUUGUAAUUUCAUAUUGGACUGUACUUCAAUAUGAAAUUACAUACAUACUAGUACAUUUAGACUAUUAUUUUUUUGGGAAAUGUCGAGUCGGACUUUUGUGGGAGUACAGUACCAAAUUUCAAAUGAAUAUGAAUAAGUUCUAAGUUUAAAAAGUGCAGAGUUUGGGAUGGAAUAAAGUUACAUUUUUAAUCUCCUUUUUAGAUUUAUCAGCAAAAGCAUUUUGGGAAACAUCACAGAAUGGGAACAUUGAAUUUUAUGAUUUUGAACAGUCUAAGUAGGUUACAUUUUAGUUCCUUAAAUAGGUUUAAACAAGGUUAAAAUAUGCACCUAGGUGGCAUUCCCAUGUCAUUAAUAAUAAUAAUAAUAUUUUUUUUAUUUGGGCAUAUUUUAAAUUUGUUGGUCCACUCUUAUUUACAACGAUCUUUGUAAGUUGAUCAAUAAAAAUUAAAAUAUUUCUAAAGCAAACCAUGUAAAAUUUUCAUGUUAGUGUGUUACUAAAUAUUUGAAAUUACUAAGUUAUCCGUAGUUACAAAAAAAAACAACAACAUACUAAAAAUUUGUAUUAUUCUUCAUCCUUGAUGAAUUAAUAGCAAGUGAAAAACUAAGUAGAUGUGUAAUGUUAGUAGAGAUGGAAGCAAACAAUAUUAUCUAGAGUUUUGUCAAAGUUAUUGCUCAAUUUUUAUUGCAAAUAUUUUAAAGCUUUGUAAAAUGUAGAUGUUAUGUGUAUUUUUUACAGAAUGACAGUAAAUUUAUUUUACAAUAA